AGACACCUUUGCAGCCGCAGACGCCUGCUGAGCCUGCGGUGCAGAAACGUGCCAAUGCUACGUUCGUCACCCUCGCUCGUAAUGGCGAUGUCUGGGAAAUGGCCAAGUCUAUCCGUGAGGUCGAGGACCGCUUCAACCACAGGUACAACUACCCAUGGGUUUUCCUGAACGAUGUUCCAUUCUCUGAGGAGUUCAUUACCGUGACCUCCGGAUUGGCCAGUGGACCCGUACACUAUGGCGUCAUUGGCCACGAACACUGGAGUUUCCCUCCCUGGUUGGAUGAGCAGAAGGCCGAGGCCGCCAGAAAGGACAUGGAGGAGCGCAAGAUCAUCUACGGAGGAAGCAAGAGUUACAGACACAUGUGCCGCUUCGAAUCCGGGUUCUUCUACCGCCACGAGUUGAUGCAGCAGUUUGAGUUCUACUGGCGUGUGGAGCCAUCCAUUGAGAUGUUCUGCGACGUCGAGUAUGACCCCUUCCUUUACAUGAAGGAAAACAACAAGAAAUACGCCUUCGCCAUCUCUCUCUACGAAUACCCCGAUACCAUCCCCACCCUCUGGGAUGAAACCAAGAAAUUCAUCAAGGCAAAACCUGAGCUCGUUCCUAAGGAUAACUCCAUGCGCUUCAUUUCCGACGACGACGGCGAAAGCUACAACCGCUGCCACUUUUGGUCCAACUUCGAAAUCGCAUCCAUGGACCUCUGGCGUGGGGAGGGUUACUCUGCCUUCUUUGACCACCUCGAGAAAGCCGGUGGGUUCUUCUAUGAGAGGUGGGGUGAUGCGCCCGUUCACUCGAUCGGUGCUGCGCUUUUCUUGAAGCCAGAGGAGAUCCAUUGGUUUGGGGAUAUGGGAUACUACCAUGUUCCGUUCACGCAUUGUCCCAUUGGUGAUGAAUUCAGGAAGAAGUGUCAUUGUAAUCCGAGGGAUACAUUUGAUUUUAAGGGGUAUUCGUGCACGAGGAAGUUUUUGGAGGUGCAGGGGACGGAGUUGCCGAAGGGUUGGGAAAAGUACAAGUAGGGCGUUUGCCUUGUGAGGCCUAGGGGCUGAGGUUGAAGGGAGGCAAGGGAAUGUUACAUCUGCAUUGCUACCAUCAUUACCCCAAUACACAUUGUACGGAAUAGAUUAGUGUGUAUGCUCAACGGCUACCCAUGACAUUCUAUGAAACCUUCGUGCGAAGAUAAUUGCAACCCUUACACGUCUUCAAAUGCAUCAUCGUCAUCAUCGCUGUCAUCACUGUCUGUCUUUGGUGGCCUGAUCACAUCAGUCGUUGUUGGAACGGGCGCCGCACUCAGGGUAGCCAUCGGCACGUCCUCGAAUCCAUCCUCAUCCUCAUCUUCGUCUUCUGCCUCCUCAGCAGCUGCAGCCGCAGCAGUCUUCUCCCGAUCGGCAGCCAGAGCAGCAUAGAAUGCCGCAAUCUCAUCGUUAGCCUCGACCUCCUUGAUAUCAGCCUUCUUCUCCUCCGUACCAGCGGCAGGAACAGCCCCAGCAGCAGCCGUGCCAGCAACGUAG